AUGCUUCAAGCCCGCAGUCCAUUUUAUAAUGAACAAAUGCUUAAGUGUCCGGAUAAGAAAGUUUGGGAAAAACAUCGUGAGACACAUUUGAAUCAUAUACAAUAUCAGACGCGUCGAAAUAUGCUAACGAUAUUGCGUACGAUUCGCCAACUUAGGGCCAUUGGAAAACUUGACAAACUCAGUAAAUACAUCGAAGAAGUUAUGGGCGAUUAUGUAGUGCUAAAGACACAUCGUGUCAUGCCCUGGAAAUUCGAAUUUUUGAAUGAAGUGUACAACACAUUGGCGCUGGCUUAUAUCGAUCGUUUCAUUCAACCGAGUGAUUUAUCAUCGGCACAAAAUAAUGCAAGUCACUUGAUGCGAUUGCUACGUAUUCCAACCGAUAAGAGCAAAGAUCGUCAAGUGAGCUUUGUCUUCGGCGAUAAAUCCACUUAUCAGGAACCGGAUGCUAUUGACUAUACAAUGAUCGCUUACAAAAAAUAUUUGGCUCGCUUAGAGAAACGUAUUCACUUCGCUAAAUACUCGAUUGAAAAAUGCUAUUUAUUGCACGAGAUCGCCCGCAGUCAUCUGCGACAGAGCCGAUUUGACGAGUGUGUUUCGGUGGCUCGUAAAGCUAUUGAAGAAUCUAAAAACUGCAACAGCAACGUUUGGCGCUUCUUAAGCACCAUACUUAUAUGUAAGGCCCAUACAGUUCUUCACAAGGUGGAACGUGCCAAGGAAAUACUAGAUGAAUCCUAUGCGGUAGCAAAGAGCUUGAAUAGCCCUGAAUUGAUUUCUUUCAUUGAGAGCUGUCGCCAAGUGAAUGAGGCAGAAAUAUCAUUGAAAAAGCGUUAUCAGUCAACGGAUUCGAUCCGCAAGCGCAGAAGCAAAGUUUCGCUUGAAAGCCGCACGUCACAAAUAUCACAACGUAGUAGUGAAACAAACGAUGAAUUAAAUGCAGCAUAA